AUGAAAGCUGCUGAGGUUGGCGAAAGUGCAGGGGGUGUGGAGAUAGGCUCUGAGGCAAAAAGAAGGAAAUCGGGGAAAUCUCAAUCCAAGCGCAAGUCUGAUUAUAAGAAGGGUAAGAGUCAAUCUUCCGGAGAUGACGUGGUGGAGGUAUCCCCUCCUGUAACUGGCAAGGUUCUGGGGGAGGAAACUAUCACAGCUCUUUCUGUCAUUUUUCCUGUUAUGGGGGAGGAGCCCCCUACUGAUGACCCUGCUGAUGGAAUUGGGCAGCCGAUGCAAGGUUCCCAGGACUCUCAGGAUCCCAAAGCUUCUAGGAUCCCAUCAUCUCAGAGUCCCCAUCUUGAACGCACUCCUAGUCCUAUCAAGACUGUGUUUCCUCUGUCCUCGUCAGAUAAAGAUGCUUUGGGAGACACUCCUUUAUCCAAACAAACAGGUCAAACCAGUGAGAAAGCCGCUCAUAGUGUCGCCUCUUCUUUAGAAUCAGAGAGCUCAGAAGGUUUCACUGUAAGUUCUGGUCCAGGUACUUGGUGA